GCACUUCAAAAGAUUAACGGGUGUGGAGGGCCGUCUCUGUCCCUGUCCCGGAGUCUUCCAGAGGGCCCGGCCUCACCUCCUCUUGGGAUCCAGCUCAGGACUGAGCUGAAGACACCAGAGAAGAAAGCAGCCUGGCCUCAUGCCAGCCCGGCACCGCAGGCGGGAGGCGCACGCCUCACCGUCCCCAGCAAAAUAAAUCUUGCCUCUCCCUCCGAGCGUCUCCAGCGCAUGAUCUUCUCCCGAUUAACAACCUGGCCAGCGUGUUCUUGGCUGCUCGCUGCCGACCUCAAUUUAGAACUGUCUGUUGUUCGGCUGCUGGAGAAGGAAGGAGGGCAGUCAGUGAUCCACAUUGGCCCUCCCAUUGUGGUCUCACUGGCCAACGAGCCUGUUUCCUUCGGCUGCAGAAUCACCCACCCGUACGCCCCCAAACUGCAGGACGUCAGAGUCCACUACUAUCGCGUGGACCUCCAGGGCCACAGCAGCUCUGAGAAGCGGACUGGCUGCCAACUCAACCCGGGAAAAGAGAACCAGACCUCCACCCAGGAGUGCCGGGUCACCCUCAAGCUGCCCAACGCAUCAGCCACUGGCACCUACUACUGCUCCAUCUCCUGGGCCGGCUCCAGAGUGAAAGGCAACGGCACCUUCAUCCUGGUCAGAGACAUGGGGUACCAGGAGCCCCCCCAGGACCCCCAGAAGCUCCUUCUCUGCUGCUUCACUGGCCUCCUGACUGUGCUGAGCAUCGUGGUCACGGCCCUGCUGCUCUGGAAGAAGAAACAGAUACAGGCUCCACGGAAGCCCCCCGCCCAGAAGUGCCCGGCCCCGAGCACCGCCAGUGGCCAGGAGCAGCCUCCUGCUGAAUCCAUCUACACAGCCCUGCAGCGCAGAGAAACCGAGGUCUACUCCUGCAUCCAGAACGAGGCCAGCAGCCUUCCCUUCACCCAGGGGCAUCUCUCCCAGGAGAAACUGCACAGAUUCAAGGAUGACAGUGAAUUUAACAUGGUCUAUGAAAAUCUCUAGGAUGAGCUCCCCCCGCCCACAGGUCUUGCCCCGGAUCAGAGGCCCCGGGGCAGCCCCUCCCUCCAGAGGACCUGCUCUGUACCAGGAGUGAGGCCCCCGGGGCGCCCCAUCACCUCACCCCUACAGUCAAGGCCCUUCCUGCCUUGGCCUGCCUCCACCUCUUACUCUGUGCCCCAGCCAUACCCACUGAGUGUUCUACAUCUCCAGGCCUUUGCCCAAGCUCUUACCUCUGCCAGGUGGGCCCUUCCUCAGUCUUCAGGGGCUCUCUUGGACACCACCCACUCCCCAAGGCCUCCUCACCCUCUCGAGACCCAAGGGCUCUCUUGGCGCCAGCCUGCACCACAGCUGCAAGGCUGACUGUGGGUUCCUCCAGAGGGACCUGGCAAGGGACCCUUGUCAGAGCUGUGUGCAGAGCAUGGCGGAGUGGAUGAAUAAAGGAGUAACCUUGCAGAUGCCCCCACCUCCCUACCUGCUGCCCAGUUAGGCCAAAGGCACAAGUCGGCCACACCAGCAGGGAGCAGGGUGCUGGCGUAGGAAGUAUGAGGUGUGGGUAAGAUUGAACCACAGAGGCUGGGCUGGCCUCAGGGACAGAGCGGCAGGCUGAGGGGGCGGCUGAGUGCUGGUCAGGCUGGGGGCCUGGAGUAGGUGGGGGCACGUUUUGAGCUGGGAGGGGAGGUGCUGGCUAACUAGGAGGUGAACAGCUUGGAGCUCUCUGCCCCCAACAAGGACCCCAAGGUUGUGUCCCACUGGCCUGGCCUUCCACACUCACUAAGGCAGCUGCUUCAUCCCUCUGCUCCUCACACCUCCUCCGUCCUCAGGGCCUCAGCUGCUCCUCCUUCUACCCCAAGACCCAGACUCCCAAAGGCCCCUGCAUCUGGCACAUCCUGACCCAACCCUCCUCCUUGGUCUUUAUCUGCCUUGUGCCCCAGCCCGCUAGACCAGCCCCCACCUCCUGGCCCAGGGCCAGGCCCCGCUGCCUCGAGGCCACCUCUCUCCAUCGUGGUCUAGCUGUGGCUUGGUCCCCGGGGCCUCCCCCGCAUGGGCAGAGGGGUCCUUUUGUUUUGCAGAAGCUCAGGCCCUGCGUGGACAGUGGUCCCUCAAGGCCCGGCCCUGAGCCAUUCCUGCUCCUCUGUGCGCUCACAUUACCCCUCAUGUCACCCUUGCAGCAGCCCACACUGAAAAGGGAACCCAUUUCACAGGCAGACGGGGCUGAGGUCGGGAUCCCCAGGAUGUCGCUCUCCCCUAUCCCUCCCUCAGCUUUCCACUGUUUCCUCGUUCAUAAAACGGGCAGGCCAAUCCUCCCUCCCCACGCCCUGGGCUGCCCCAGAGGUCCCAGAGGUACCCUCUCACACAAACCCCAAAUGUGUUCAGGUAGGGUGGGGUGGCCUGCCACUGGCCCCUAAGCAGCACUGGACCACGAGGUCUGGGCAGCACCUUCUGCACUGCAGGUCAGGCCCCUCCCAUGGGGAGAGGAAGGCUGGGGGUGGGGGUGAACAUUGACUGACAUCUCGAAGCAGUCCUGGGCCCUCUGCUGGGAUGGCAUUGAGCCUCCCUGAACCCCCAGGACAGUCCACAGCCUCCCAGCUCCGUUCUGGGCCCACCCUGUGAGCACACAGCAAGGAGGGCUCUGAGCUGGCUUAUAAGGCUGAAUAGAGAGGCCUCUGCUCCCCAGGAGGCUGGAGUUUAAUGAACUCGCUGCCUGUUUAGGGAGGCGAAGCUGCCUCCAGCAGAGCUGCCCUCCAGGCUCCUGACUCCAACAGCCUGAGGCAGAGGCGGGGGUGGUGAGUGGUGUGGGGUGGAGAAGGGGGCACAGUGCCGCUCAGGGUGCUGGGCGCCUCCCCAGGAAAACCAAAGGCAGCAAGGUCAGCAGGAGGCCACCUCGCCGGGCCUGGACCUCUCUGUCCUGAGUCCCUGGACCCCAGGCCCUCUGGCUGGGAGUCAGCCUUUUCUAGUUGCCCAGUGGCAGAGAGGGGAGCCUGGCAGGAUUACCCCCACCCCUGGUCCAGGCCCCAGCAUGGCUGCCGUGCCCCGACAGUCUACUCCACAACAGUCACGUCCCUCCCUAUGCUCAAACCCUUUUACAGUUCCCACCUCACCUAGAACAAAGUCCCAACUCUUCCUUGUGGCCUAUGAGGCCCUCGGGGACCCACCUGUCACCCCUCACUGGACACAGACAUUGCCAGUGUGGCGGCCGAGCCUGGUCCAGGGCAAGGCUGUGAAGCAGCAGGUUCUGAGGUCUUCGGGAAGCAAAGAGGAGGAGGAGGAAGGUCGAGGUAGAAGGGCGAAGGGCAGGACGCUUGGAGGGUCUUUGACACAAGGGAGGCGGAGGAAGAAUGUUCUGGGUCUGCUAGUAUGGAGCAAGGAAGACUCAGCACCCAUUCCCCAGCCCCCAGGACCGAGAGCCCUAGGAGAUGGGCGGCACAGGGGUGAGGGGUGGCAGAUUACCGCAGGGGGGUGCAGGUGGCAGUGAUGGAGGAGGGGGGGACAGAGAGGGCCUCGAACUGAGCUCCUUAAAGGCAGGCUUGUGUGCAGCUCUGAGUGGGUGGAGGAGAGGAGAGAGAGGAACCGCCCUUGGGGGUCGUUUGGGGCUGGGUGGCCACUGGCCUGUCUCAAAUCCCACCUCCCAGCAGCGUGUCCACCUGAGCCUCGGUUUCAGUGACAAUCAAGACAGCUCAGUGAGGACAGAAGGGGACUCCCCGCUCAUCCAGGCUCAGCAGGCGUGCGUUUCCUUCUUCACUCCUCAUUCAGGAAAAUCAGGCUGCCAAGGGGCAGUGCCGAGGGGGUCAGCUAAAUGAGGGGUAGGCCUCCCAGGGGUUGGGGCCCAGGUUUUGUGGCUGCCCCUGAAGGGAGCUCCUGCGCUGGGGGCAAGGCAAGCUGAGAGGUGUGUGUGAGGAGAGCCCUCAGGAGGGGCUGGAGAGGGGGUGAGUUUAGCCCCCUGGAAGAGUGCCGGAGGGCAGGGUGCCUGAGCGGGAACAGGUGAGACCCAGGUGAGGGGAAGCCUUAGAACUGAAAGGUGGUGGCAGCCAUUCUGAGGCAGACCCCAGGCCUCAGGGUACACUGCUUCCUCCUGUGUGCUCCCCACCACAAGGACCCACCACAGCGGGGAGAGGGCGUGUCCAGGCCUCAGCAGAUGCUUCUUUGCCUGGCCUGCCUUUGCUCCGCCCAAGGAUUUCCCACCAUCUCUCCUGGCAUAGCCGGCCCUGCCCUCCUGGGUCGUGCCCGGCCGCUGUCUUCAGAACCUUGGGGCAUCUGAAACAUUUCAACUACUUCUGACUCCCUCAGCCUCCACCAGCCUCUCCAGGGCCGUAGCUCAGUGCAGGAUGCAUUGCCCCAUCCUGCCCCAUCCUGCCCCAUCCAGUGGUUCAGCCUCCAACCCUCUCUUCUGCUCCGGCUCCUCUCAGCACUUGCUCUAGAAAAUCAUCCCUGGAAACAAACCCAGGAACGCAAAGUGGGUGUGGGAAGCAGUGGCCCCUCCUUGGCAACAAUUUCCAGAGGAUUCUGCGAAGCCGAGUUUCCAUGGGAACACGUGCUGGUUACACACAGAAACCCAGUGGGGCUGGGGUUCCCUUCACAGCCAAUAUCGCAGGAUCCCGCAGGCACUGGGGGUGGAGGCGCCUCAGGCAAGCACAGCCGUUUGCAUUUUGGCCACCAGCCCUCACUAACCUGAAAGCAAGUUACAGGCAAAUCUGCCUUUUUUUUUUUUUUUUUUUUUUUUACACAUUCUAAUUUAAAGGCCAUGCUCCAUUCUAAGGAUGCCUCUGGGAUUUCCAGGAUGGAUUUUUAUGUAGUUCAAUAGUUUUCUUGGCAGAUUGCUCAGCCAGGAGAGGUGGGCCAUGGCCUUGGCCCAGCCAGGCUGACAGAGCGGCGUCUCUCUGUCCCUCUUAAAUACCAGGGGAUGUCCCUUGUCUACCUGAGGGACUUCCUCAUCCCUGAAUCCAGACUCCUAGAGUUGGGGACAUUGGCAUGAGGCGCUGAGGCACCCUCCUUCCCAGGCUCCUUCUGGCCUGCAGUCAUAAUUAUGGCCUCCGGCCCUUGACAGAGCAUGGGUCAGGCCUGCUGUCUGCACUUGGUGCUGGACUGGGAUUUUGUGUGUGUGUCUAUGCAGGUGAUGUGGGCAUAUAUUGCUGUGAAACACUUCAACUUCAGCAAAGUGAAAUUCUCUUUGAUGCUCCUGCCACCUCACAGCCUCCAGCUCGGUCCCCUCCCCAGAGGCGACCACUGGGUCAUAUGAGCAUGUUUUCUUCUGGGCUAUUCUUGUUGCAUCUACUUGCAUAUUUGCAUAGACAUGAACACAUAAGACAUUGGGUGCUUGUGGGGGGUUCUGAAGGCUUCCGUGGAAUCAUUCUGCAGGUGCUGUUUGCAAUUGCUUUGUUCAGCCCCACGUGGUGGGAUCUGCCCAUGACAGCACAUGGGAGCUGCCAGACUCCUUAAUUACAGCAAAGGAUUCCACAGGACCAACAGAUCCUAAUUGAAUCAGGCCCCUAGUAAUGGCCUUUUCAGUUGUUUACAAUCCACCCUCACAGAAGGUGCUGCAGAAACAUCCUUGCACAGAUCUGCGCAACUUCCAGGGUGUGGAUGUUUACCAGCUGAGCAGACACUGCCGAAGCAUCUUGCAUGGCGGCUGGACUGGUUUCUAUUCCUCGGGCUCUUUACAACAUCUCAUUUAAUCCCAAAAACACUCCGCGAAGUGGGGGACCAAAGCAGAAACUGUGAUUCAGAGAAGCAGACCGGCUAAAGGCCAUACAGCCCAGAAGGGGCAGCCAGGGCUGGCUCCAGCUGUGUGCAGUCCCACUGCCUCCGUAGGUCAGGGGAGGGUGGUACGGGGGGUGGCCAGGAAGAGCCUCAGAGGGGCUCGGUGCCCCCAGGGCUGGGGAAGCCCGUGAAAGGCCAAAUUUCCUUCAGAGAUGGCCUGUCAGCCUUACGUUGCUCACACCGGGUAUCUCAGAAUCGUAGGGGUAGGGAGUGUCCUCCUGCCGCAGGGGUCUAUCUCCUUGGGGAAAUGGAGGCAGGUCAGUAGAAGUAGUGGGGCUGGACCCACCCAGCAGCCCACACCACCUGUGGGGCCUGGCUUCAGGCAGCCUGGACGUGGAUUCCAAGGCUCCCCUGGAAAUUUCUGGGCACAGCACGCCUGGAGGCACGAGCCGCCUCUUGGAAGCUUUAUAAUCCAGGAUAAUGCUGCUGUAAUUGGCAUCGUUUCACGUUUACAAUCCUCUCGUUACCUGAAAACCUACUUGCAGUGGCUAUAUCUGGAGAGGGUUUAAUUUUACCGGUGUGUGGACCUUGAGGGGCCGAGGAGCACCGGCUUUUUCUCUGUCGCCCCCAUCCUGACUCCCCCGUGAGUGCCACUGGCCUGGGGACCACAUUCUGGCUGACCUCAUGGCCUUGACUCAGGGCGCAGCCCUGUACCUGGCUCCCCUCCGUGGGCCCGGGGCUGAUCUGGGGGCUGCUUUUCUCCUCCAUGGAGCCCACCUAUCUAAGUCUCCCUCUAACCUCUCCCGCCUCGAGCUUCUGCCACCAAACUGGGCUUUCGAGAGCACAGACCUCACCAUCGCUCCUCCCUCUCAAAGCCCUGUAGUACCUUACAUUUACGGUCAAUUCAUUUCCACAAAGGGGCCAAGAUAAUUCAACAGGAAAAAACAAUCUUUUCAACCAAUAGUGCUGGGAGAAAUGGACAUCUGCAUGCAGAAGGAUGAAGUUGGAGCCCCCCUCACACCCUAUACAAACCUCACAGUGGCUCCCACUGUCCCCAGGGUGGCGGACUGGCCCCCAGCCCUGCACUCAGGGCUCUCACAACCCCUUCAUUCUUUCAACAACAUUUGUCCAGCUCCAACUAGAUGCCAGGCCCUGUGCUGGGGCUGUGUCCUCAUGCAGUCCAUCAGCCUCAUUUCUGACCAGCUCCCACUGGCCCAAAGUCACCCCAAGGGCCAUCCAUGUUCCCAUCCAUGGCUGCUAUUCCCUAAGGUGCCAAACUUCCCCACUGAACCUGAGCAGGAAUUCCUGCUCAAGUGCCACCUCCUCCAUGAAGCCCUCCCUAACACUCCCUACCCUACCAAGCAGUUUAUUCACUUCUCUCAUUGCUCCGACCUCCUCGCAUGAAUCAGUUCACACACACCCAUCUCCCCCAGGAGGCUCUGGGCCUCCUGAGCAUGGCGAACAUCCUACUGGUCUCUUUUUGUGUCUGACUCAUAGUGGGGGCUCCACAGCCACUUGUUUAAGAAAUAAAUGAACCUUUCCUUUU